GCCGCUGCCACAAGUUUGGGCUCCGCGGCUACCGUCGUCCCCCUCCCCGCUCGCUUCCCCCCCCCCCCACUCCCCCCGCCGGCGCAUGCGCGGCGGCGCGGCUCCAAGAUGGCGGCGCCCGGUGGGGCGGUGGCGGAGGGCGGUGGUUUUGCGGCCUGGUUGGCGGCGCGGCUGGAGGCGCUGGGCCUUGACCGCGCCGUUUACGGUGCCUACAUCCAGGGGCUGCUCCGCGAGGAGGAGAGCGACGAGGAGCGGCUGGAGGCGCUGCGCGGCGUCCUGGCCGCCUGCCUGGAAGAAGAUCUCUUAAACGAUGUUUGCAGGGAAGUAGUCGAGAAGUGGUCUGAAUCUCAGAUUGUUGACGCCAAAGAGAAAAAAGAAGAUGAGAUCCAGGCCAUUGCCAGCAUGAUGGAGAAGCAGGCCAAGAUUGUGGUGAAACCAAAGGAGGUCUCCCAGGAAGAGAAGCAAAGGAAAGCUGCCCUCCUGGCCCAGUAUGCCAAUGUGACGGAUGAGGAGGAUGGUGAGGAUGAACAGAAUGGAUCGAUUGCGACAGCAGUAAAUAUUGGAUCAGAAAAAUCGCUGUUCCGAAACACAAACGUGGAGGAUGUUUUGAAUGCCAGGAAGCUGGAACGGGAGCUGCUGCGAGAUGAGUUCCAGAAAAAAAAAGAGCAAGAUAAACUCCAGCGAGAAAAGGAUAAGCUAGCCAAGCAGGAGCGGAAGGAGAAGGAGAAGAAAAGGACACAGAAAGGCGAGCGGAAGCGAUAGCUGGGGGUUUCCAGUUGGACUCUCAAGGGAUAAAAUUAAUUACGAAUAUGAUGUGUGUUUAAAAAGCAGCAGAAAUUCUGGGCACAUGGCUGGCAAGUGGUUCUUUGGAAGCAUUUCCUCUUUUUCUUUUUUUUUUUUUUUUUUUUAAAUUAAUAUAGCAGAAAAGAAAUUUCAAACACCUGUUAAACUCGAAGUGUGCCAUGUGCUUGUGGUGUCAGAUGUCCCAGUCAGUUAUUGUGGCCAAUGUCUGUACCAAAGAACGGUGAAGUGAUUAUGUCCGUGUUUUUAAAUUGUUUUGAGUUUUAUUUCUAACCACUUAAAGCAAAGCAAAAUGAGCUGUAGCAGAGGGCUUGUGAGCUGGCUGCGUCCGCCUGCUGGCCUUGGUUUGCAGCAACAGCAUGUUACAAUUUGAGAACAGAGCAGAGCCCCUUUCUGACAUGUAAUUAAGGACAUGCUGCUACAGGGUGAAUGUGAAUUUAUUUAACACUAGCCUUGAAAAAUGUAUUUGCAAAUACAUGUAUUUAUGCUGCCAAGAACAACACUACGUCUUCGUUCUGGCUGAGCUGAGAGCAUGGUUUGGAGCUGACCUCAGCGAGGGCAAGUGCUGUUUUGCAGCAAGAAAAAGGAAAUGUUAUGAAAUAUAUAUGAGUUGCAGCUACGAGACUGCAUCACCCACAGGCUCUGGGUAAGGUAAAUGCUGCUCUGAUUUGAGCAUCAGCCACAGCAGUAGCAAAUCGGUUGAGUCCUUACGCUAUUUUAAGGCUUCAUGCCAGUAGCUGGAAAAUGGUGCUCCCCGAUGUUUCAUGGGGGUGAACAUCGACUUACUCUCCGGCGGUUGCCAGGGCGAAUGCUUCACCGGUGGCUCAGCGCCGGGCGGCUGCGAGGGAGCUGGCAGCGCCGGGUGUACGAGCCCGUCGCUCGCACCGGGCACGGCUGCAGCGCGGAGCCGCCUCGGGGGGGGCUGGAACGCUUCUCUCGCCCCCGAAAGGGCUUGCUACCCGCUGUUCCCAGCCUUUUUUGUGCUGCUGUCACCUUCCUCUGGAGGGGACGAUGCCGAUUUCUGUCCACUGAGUGCGAAGGAGGAGCCGGUGGGCCUCACCCCUGCGCUCCAGCUGCGGGGGGUGCUCCUGGUGCUACCGGGCCCAGCGCCUGCUCUCCCCACCAGUCUAAUGAAAGGUUCAUGCCUCCUGUUUCACUAGCUGCUGCAAGUGUGAGUAUCUAACUGCUUUAUCUUUGGACUUGAAUAAUAAAACUGGUUGGCCAAGCA